CUAAGGUGAUCUCCCAGGAGUGACUCGCAACCGGCCGCUGUCAUCCGUCGAGCGCGACAUUGCAUGUCGACGUCGAUCCGGGAUCUUUUUGAAGCCGUCCGUUCUCCAUCGUUAAGAGGAAAUCCAGGUUUCUCAAUGUUUAAUCGUGACCGAGACCAGAGUAAGGGCCAUCAUGGCGGUACUGUCAAGGCAGGAAUAGGUACUGGCAGAGGCAGUAAUGAUAUUGGACAUGUUGCUAGCAGGUUUGGCACACCUAGUAGAGGAAAUGCCAAUAAUGUGCGAGGAGGAUUAAAAGGGAAGCAACAUGGGGGCAACCUGAAAAGAGUAAACUGGGAUCUUUGUACUUUGGAACCAUUGCACAAAGAUUUUUAUAUAGAGCAUCCCGCGGUCCGGAACAGAUCUAAUGAAGAGGUGAAUCGAUUUCGAGAGAACGCAGAAAUAACUGUGAAAGGUGAACAUGUUCCUAAUCCCAUACAAUCUUUUGAGGAGGGAAACUUUCCACCAUACAUAAUGGAGAGUAUUCGUAAAGAAGGAUAUUCACAGCCUACUCCUAUUCAAGCUCAAGGAUGGCCUAUCGCCCUUAGUGGUAGAGAUCUUGUUGCAAUCGCUCAAACUGGCUCUGGGAAGACACUUGGAUACAUUUUACCUGCAAUUGUGCAUAUCAUACAUCAACCACGCAUAAGCAGUGGUGAUGGUCCAAUUGUCUUGAUCUUAGCUCCAACCCGAGAAUUAGCUCAACAAAUUCAAGAAGUAGCUAAUAGUUUUGGGGAUACGGCAGCUGUAAAAAAUACAUGUAUAUUUGGUGGGGCUCCGAAAGGACCACAGGCGCACGAUUUGGAGAGAGGCAUUGAAAUAUGCAUUGCUACGCCAGGUAGACUCAUAGAUUUCUUAGAAAAAGGAACUACAAACUUAUAUAGGUGUACUUAUUUAGUACUCGAUGAAGCCGAUCGCAUGCUAGAUAUGGGAUUUGAACCUCAGAUACGAAAGAUUAUUGAACAAAUACGGCCCGAUAGGCAAGUGUUAAUGUGGUCAGCAACGUGGCCUAAAGAAGUUCGUGCGCUCGCGGAGGACUUCUUGACGGAUUACGUUCAUCUCAAUAUCGGCUCUCUGACUUUGUCGGCCAAUCACAACAUUACUCAGAUCAUUGAUGUUUGUCACGAACAUGAAAAAGAUUCAAAGCUGUACAGAUUGCUCCAAGAGAUCGGUACUGAAAAAGAGAAUAAAACUAUCAUAUUUGUGGAAACCAAACGUAAAGUCGACGAUAUCACGAAGAAUAUUAGACGUGAGGGAUGGCAAGCUAUGAGUAUUCAUGGUGACAAAAACCAGCAGGAAAGGGAUCACGUGUUACAAGAAUUCCGGAAUGGAAGAGUGCCGAUUUUAGUGGCAACGGACGUGGCGGCUAGAGGUUUGGAUGUGGAUGAUGUGAAAUUUGUGAUAAAUUUCGAUUAUCCAUCUUCGUCGGAGGAUUACAUACAUAGAAUCGGUCGAACUGGACGUAAGUGGCAGACCGGAACAGCAUAUGCAUUUUUCACGACUCAUAAUAUAAAGCACGCUGGAGACUUGAUAGAAGUUUUACGAGAGGCUGGGCAAAAUGUCAAUCCGCGUCUCAGUGAAAUGGCAGAGAUGGCUAAGGCGGGAAACUUCGGCGGCAGAAGUGGGAAACGUUUCGGUGGUUCUUCUGGUGGUAAUGAUGAAAGGAGCAACGGCCGAAGAAGCAAUAAUGAUAGAGGAAGAGGCGGCGGUUCGGCAAGAAGAAGAGGAAAGUUUGCUCGAGGCGGAACUUCUUAUCAGCCUUCUUCGAGCCUUUAUCCAGGAUCGGAUUAUAGUAAUUAUAAUAAUAUGAAGCAAAAUACUCCUACAAGCCAGAAUACGACAUACGGAUAUAAUACACAAAGGAGCUACGGACAGGGAGGUAUGCCGCAAAAUUACGGAGGAGGCGAUAAUUACGGGAGUGGUUAUCCAUAUAGAAACACAACUUAUUAAUUCCGUUUUUAAUGAUGAUUGAUAGCAUGUAAUGAUUCGAUUAUGUAAAAUGUGUCAUGUUUAGUUAUAGUGAGAUUUGACACGAUGCAGAUAGGCGCUUGUUAAAGUUAUAUAUUGGCUAUAAAAAGGACGUACAUGUAGAAAACGAACAUUAAAAGUAUGAUGAGUUAUGCGGCAUAAUAAACAUCAGCAUGAAAAUGUUGAGACGAUAGUAUAUUGUUAUUAAGUGAUACUAUCAAGUGAAUAAUGACCGCGACUAAUGUUUGCAAGUUACCAAUUUUAAAAGUUUAUUGAAUAUAUAUGUAAUUUUUAUCCGUCUAUUUUAUGCAUAUAUAUUAUAUUUGCAGCGAGAGUAAAACCAAAGAAACUUUGACAUGACUUCAAUGCAAUUGUGACUUUGUAUUGUAAUUUUAAUUUUGCAAGUUACUCUCACUUAAAAUAUGUUAGCUAAUAUUUAACACAAAAGAAUGUAAUACAUUAAAGCAGAAAAAUGUAAAUUCUUAUAUAGUGUUAGAAUGUCAUCACUUUGAAAAGCUCAAGUAUUUUUUUAAACAAUUUUAAGCUUUAUUUUAUAAUAGUUAGGCAUUUCACUUACAAAUUUUGUGAAACGUAACAGAAUUUUAUCAUAAGCAGCAGUACCUAUUGUGCUGAUUUAGUCUCAUUUAUAGCAUAUUAUAUUUUGCUGAGCAAAAAUUAUAUUAGCAGAAAUAUUUUUGUUAAACAAAAAAAGUUUGGAAAGAAGAAUAGGUAAGGUACUUGGACGUACUUGCAUCACGCUAGUGUGCAAUAUUUAAAUUAAAGAUAAUUACUUUACUUUUUUAAUUAAAACUAUUCAAUUUAUUCUGCUAUUACUAUUUUUUUCUACAAAUAAAUUUCCUAACAAUUUUCAAGUAUACUCCUUUUUAAAGACUGUUAAAAAUUAUUAGUCAUUCGUUUAAUCUUUAUAUCUUGAUAAUGUAACAUAUAUUGUCAUCUCAUUUUAUUUUUAUCCGUCCAGACUUAAAUUAAAUUUUAAAUUACACACACACACACACACACACACACACACACACACACACACACACACACAAAACAAUUUAAUUGCAUUGUAAGGAACUAAGGAAAUGUGAUAAAAAUUUGUCAAUGAGUCUGUGGAAAAAAAGUGCAAUUGAUAUAGAGUAUAUAAAUAUUAAUAUAUUUGUUUUUUAAUUAUGAAAAUUCUCAAUAAGCAUGCAAUCUUAUAACAAAUUUAAUUGAAAGGACAAGUAAAUAUUGAUCUAUGCUAAAAAUCUGUCUACAAAAUGACGAUUAGCCAUAUAAUUGAUUGACACUUAACAUAAAUUGUUUAGCAAAUUAUAUGCCGAACUUUUCGUUCACCACAAUAUUUACGUAAGUUUUCGAUACGUAUCGAAGUAUCAAGUAAGCUUUAUAAGCUAACUUCGUUUAUACCGACGUUUACUAAUACUUACAAUCGAAUGCUAUUAGAUAGAUAAUUGAUUGCAUAUAAUUUGUCAGUUAUUUUUAAUUAUAUGUGAUAUCAACGAUUGACUAAUAACUUUUUCUCUUUAAUGUCUGUGAUUCUUUGACUGCUGAAGUCUAAGAAAAAGAAUAUUGACGUGUGUCAUUGUUGUGUGAAUCUAUGUUACAUAAUUAAUAAAGUAAAUUUUGACUUUCUUGGAA